CUGCUGAGCAGAGAGCCCGAUGUGGGGCUCGAUCCCAGGACCCUGAGAUCAUGACCUGAGCCGAAGGCAGAGGCUUUAACCCACUGAACCACCCGGGCGCCCUGGGAAAGAAAAUUUAAAUAGUAGUUUGUGACCAGAUUCACAGACGUGUGGUGUCUAUGGUUUUUAAUUUUUGCAUUUUAACCUAAUGGAGAACCAUGUUCUCAUUAUUUCUUUUUGACCCAGCUCCUAGCGCUCAGCUGAAAUAUCACAUCGAGGCAUUUCCUGAGCAUUCUCUCCAAACCCCUAGUGUCUAGGCAGUUCCAGCACCCUGUGCAUUUCAUUAUAGCCUGAAGUUACCUUUGUCGUUUCUUGUUCAUUAUCUCAUUUACCACUAGAAUUGGGGGGCCUUGUCUGUUUUGUGCGUCCCGUAUUUCAGGCUUGUCUAGCCAUGCCUUGCACAUAAUAAGAGCUCAAUAAAUGAGUUGAAUUCAUAGGUAUUCCCUAGUGCGCAUGUCCAGUGGAUGCUUGGAGCUUUGUUUUAGGAAGGCCUGUCCUGCGGCAGGAUUGUGAAGGAUGGACUUGGAGAGCAAGGCAGGAGGAAUGAGUAACACUUGGGAAGGUACCGGUUAGGGUCCUUUAAUAACAAGAACAGAAACAGGCUAGCUUGAACAGAACAGGGAGUUCAUGACCGAGACAGAAGGCUGCUCCUGAGGUUUAAGGAAAAGCUAGAGAAUUGGGCCAGGAAGCACAGAAACCAAGGUAACUGGCAGGAGUCAGCACGGUGGGCACCGGCUGGCUGCAUUUUCAGACCCAUCUUCCGGGGAGAAAGUUUGUGGUCUGUGUGGCUUUGGUUGUGUGCCUGCCCCGAAGCUAGGACAGCGCCGCUCAGCGGACGUCCUCCUGGGACACGGGUGGAUCCGCCAGAGCCACACGAGAGAGGCAGCUCUGCCAAUCCCGGUGCCUGUGGCGGGCGGAGCUAUGUCACAACAGAGCACACCCGAAACUGAAGCCAGCCCCUCAGGAGAGGCUGAACACGGGGUGACGCAGGACCCAUGAGGCUGACACUCCUGCCCCGGGGUGAUGGGACUGAGGAAGGCUGGCUUCGAAAUCUGAGAAGCGGUAGACGAAGUCUGCGUUGUCCCCAGUGAAUGAUCAGACCUGACUUAGAGCAGCGCUUCUCGUCUCCUUCGAAUAACGAAAUCGGGGGAGCGUCAGGCCUGGAUCCAGAUGUGAGGGUUUGGGGGAUCGGUGUGCAUGUGCUCCAAGUCACGUGGGUGCUUUGCUUUCCGACGAGGUGUUGGCUUUGUGACGAGCUCCCCCUUUUCGGUGGUGUAACGGCUGGGACUGUCCGCACUGUCCAGCGGUCCCAAGGGUGGUGUGUGUGGAAUUCGGUUUUAGGCUCAUGUUCUGGAUGUAAGCAGACGUUUUCCUGUGGAAGUGGUGCCAAGGGUUCUCUGGGCCGGUCUUGGAGCAAGUCUGACACCGGCCUGAGUUUUACUCUCCAAAGCUUGAAAGUCAGGGACGUUAUCUUGGUCCCUUCCCAUCUCCCUUCCUGGGCCCCUCAUUUACCUCCCGGUGCCCUUUUUAUCCUAGUGCUUAGCUGUGCUUGGUUUUUUUCUGCACAUGUCACCGGAACGCUCUGUGUUCCAAAACUGUCUACCUUCCCUCCAUCCCCUAAAAAAUCUUAGUUCCUUGAUGUAACAUUGGUGUAAAGAGGAAAUUAUUUGCAUUCAAUUAAUUUCUAUUAAGAUACGAAUCCCUGCUUCUCUUGGCAUUUAGUACCUGAGGAAUUUGAUAUAUAAUAAAUUGGUAUAAAAUAAUUCUGGUAUAAAAUUGGUAUAAAAUAAUUUUCUGCGGUUCAGUGGCGAAGGGCUUUGUGGCUGUGCUAGGGAGUUGGAACUGGGGGCCCGCGUAAGCAUUUAGUAGGAGUUUCCAAGCCCUGGUGCCAUCGGAUGUGUGUUUCUGAAAGGGAUCUGUCGUGGGAGUGGAAGAAUGGACCCUUCACUGUUGCAGUAGUCCAGUGAGCGGUGAGUCCCAAGUCUUCCCUGAUGUCCCCACCGCGUGCUCACCCACCCUCCCACCACCCGGCCAAAGUCAGUGCUUCCCGAAGUCCGCAUGCUCGUCAUCGUCUGUAUCCAUCAUCCUGUCUGAUGUGUGUGUGUCUGUCCUUCCGCGGCGGCGUGUGCGGCUGGACGACCAGCAGCCGGCCCGCCCCCUCCUGUCCCACCACCAGCAUCUCUUACGAUGGAUAACACUCGGGACCAGAAACCUCCAGGAGAGGAAGGACGGAACACGCGCCCGCCGUGUGGGAGGCACUGCGUACACGAGCUGGCAGGCGCCGCGCGUCCUGCUCCCCGUGAAAGUCCUGUGUGGCAAGUAGGGUUCGCCCAGCUGACAGGCUGAGGAGCUACGACUCGGAGAGGUCAAGUGAUCUUACCUGGUUGCGCACCUAAUAGGGGACAGAGCCAGGACUGGAGACAAACACCAAUUUGAAGGUCUUCUCCGUGGAGCUGUGAGAGCGCCGGGGGCUCUCGCUAUGACUACGGCGACAGCAGGGACUCUGCCCCAAUGAGUCAGGCGGAGAUGAGCAAUGGAAAAGGAGUGGGGGGCGGACUCGGGGGCAACGCGCACUUCUGGGGGAGGGCGGCUCGGCCUGCGGUGCGCGGGCUCGUGCAGGUCUGAGGUCCCGGUAUUCGUCGUUAAAACAGGCCGGUGGCCCAGCACACGCUCCUUCGUGGGCUCUUCGGAAGAGUCCGCGUGCUGGAGGACCAGCAGAGGCUGAGCCUUUGAAACCAGAGGAGAACUUGCCAGUGUCCUGGGUGCCGAGUUUGGUACAUUUACAGCCUGUCCUCUGGAGAAUGAGAAAACUGCCACCAGCAGACGUAAUUACUUUGAAUCCAUUCAAAAAUAAAUGUCGUAACUAUUUUAUUUUAUUACAUUUUUAGAGCAGGGAGAGCCAGAGGGAUAGAGAGGGAAUCUCAGGCAGGCUCCACACCCAGUGCAGAGCGGGACCUGGCGCUCGAUCCCACGACACUGAGAUCGUGACCAGAGCCAAAAUCAAGAACUGGAUGCUCAACCGACUGAGCCCCCCCAGUGCCCCAAAUGUCAUAACUGUUUUAAAGAAGACGCUAUAGUCAAAGCAGAGAUGAGGUGUUCUAGUAACAGAAGCCCGAGUGAAGGGUCGGCUUUGGAGAGUCUGCGAUUGUCUGUGUGGGAAAUGGCUUUCCCUUUGUUGAGAGCAUGGGUGGCAUUAAUAGGGACCUUUUUCUUUGAUACCGAAUUAAAUGUUUGCCUUGUACGAGAUGCUAGCCCAGCCACCCUUUGCACCAAGGCUAAAGGAGGGCACAGUCGUCCCAGCCGUUUCACGCGAGGGGCAUGGUACUCAGCGGGGAGGGCGGCAGCCUCUCACCCUGGUGCCUGUGCCCGGGCCUGCACCAUCCACCAGGCCUUCCCGCCUCAUCUUUAGACUGGAAGAGAAUGACAGUGACAUCUCAUUUCAGAUCCUUAAUUUGCAAGGAGCAGUAAUUGUGUUUAGAUCGGGACACAGUUCCCUCUGUGCUGUCGCGGAAAAUGGGAACUGGUUCUUCCAUGUCUUUAAAGGUCUGGUGAGACACCCCCGCCCCCCGCAACCCAGGGGUCACAGUUCACAUGGUGGAUAAGUGCCUCCCGCGAUAAGACUGACUUCCUUUCAGAAUCACAGCCUCAGCAGCUCUGGCUCUUCGUGCUUCCUCUCCGAAGAGAAAGGGCUAGAGCCAAGCCUCGAAUGGAUGAGACCCCUAACGAGCAGACCUUUCCUUGCAAACCGUGCUUCCGCCCAGCCGCCGAGGCCCAGCAGCCCCCCGCUGGUAUGAGGGCACCGGAGCUGCGAUCCUCCGUCCCAGAGCCGCUCAGCCAGUGACCGGCGCACCCCGCCAGCCCCGAGCCCCCCCGCGGCCGCUCCUCGUGCUGUCAAAGUGGGCGCCCGCGAUGGAGGGGCUGCUGCACUACAUCAACCCGGCCCACGCCAUCUCCCUGCUGAGCGCCCUCAACGAGGAGCGCCUCAAGGGACAGCUGUGCGACGUGCUCCUGAUCGUGGGCGACCAGAAGUUCCGAGCGCACAAAAACGUCCUGGCUGCCAGCAGCGAGUACUUCCAGAGCUUAUUCACCAGCAAGGACAACGAGUCCCAGACCGUCUUCCAGCUGGACUUCUGCGAGCCAGAUGCUUUCGAUAACGUCCUGAACUACAUUUACUCCUCGUCCCUGUUCGUCGAGAAGAGCAGUCUGGCGGCCGUGCAGGAGCUCGGCUACAGCCUCGGGAUUUCCUUCCUGACCAACAUCGUCUCCAGGACCCCCCAGGCCCCCUUUCCGACGUGUCCCAACAGGAAGAAAGUAUUCAUCGAGGACGAUGAAAGCAGUUCUCAGAAGAGAAGCGUCAUUGUCUGCCAGAGUAGAAACGAAGCCCAGGGAAAAACCGGGAGUCAGAACCAGCCCGACCUAAGCCACCCGGCCCGGCCCUCCCCGAGCACUGCCGUCAAGACCGGCCCCGGUAAGCCCCACGUCCCCAAACCGGCCGAGCCGCUGCCCGGCUCGCCGCUGGCCGAGAAGGGCUGGCCGAGAGACGGCUCUGUGGGCUUCGCGAAGGUGGCGGAGCGCGCGGGGCCUCUGGAGGACCCCGGCAGAGGCGGGCUGGGGACACGGAGCGCGCCGCUGUCUUCCAGGCCCCCGCAGGACAGGGAGGCCGCGGACGAUAAACUUCCCAAAGGCAAAGCCAUUGAGCUGGCUCUGAAGAGACCGCGGCCGCCGGUGUUGUCCCUCGGAAGCGCGUCGGAGACCCCCUACGUGCUGAAGGAGACGCACAAAGGAGGGGGUCAGGGCGAGGACAGGAACCUGCUGUACUACUCCAAGCUGGGGCUGGUGGUCCCGUCCGGCGGCGCGGGGCCCGGGAAGCCCGGCAUCGACAGGAGCGGCCCGCUCGUCAAGAGUCUGCUCAGACGCUCGUUGUCCAUGGACAGCCAGGUGCCCGUCUACUCGCCCGCCAUAGAGCUCAAGUCUUCCCAGGGGCCCUCUUCUGGGGCAGGCGAGGUGCCGGGGAGCGUGUUCUGUGCCCUGUCUCAGAAGUCGUCUCUGAAGGAGUGCGGGGAGAAGGCCGUCGACGAGCGGAGCCCCGCGCCCCAGCCGCACCGCCUUAGGUCCUUCAGCGCCUCGCAGUCCACGGACAGGGAGGGCGAGCCGGCCGUGACCGAGGUCCGCAUCAAGACGGAGCCCCGCAGCCCGCUGUCCGACCCCUCCGACAUCAUCCGCGUCACCGUGGGAGACCCGGCCGCCGCCGCCGCCAGGGACCUCUCCCUGAAAACCGAAGACGACCAGAAGGACAUGAGCAGGCUCCCGGCAAAAAGAAGGUUCCAGGCGGACCGGAGGCUGCCGCUGAAGAAGGUGAAGGAGGACGAGCACGGGUCUCCGGUGUCUGAAGACAACUUCGAGGAGGGCUCCAGCCCUCCCCUCCCCGAUGCAGAGUUUCCAGAUUCUGACUUGAACAAAGAUGAAUUUGGUGAGUUGGAGGGAACAAGACCCAACAAAAAAUUUAAGUGCAAACACUGCCUUAAGAUCUUUAGAUCGACGGCGGGCCUUCACCGGCACGUUAACAUGUACCAUAACCCAGAGAAGCCCUACGCUUGCGACAUCUGUCACAAGCGGUUUCACACCAACUUCAAAGUGUGGACGCACUGUCAGACCCAGCACGGCAUAGUGAAGAACCCGUCACCGGCCUCUAGUUCACAUGCCGUUUUGGAUGAGAAAUUCCAAAGGAAGCUGAUUGACAUAGUGCGCGAGAGAGAGAUUAAGAAGGCCCUGAUCAUUAAGCUGAGGCGCGGCAAGCCUGGCUUUCAGGGCCAGAGUAGCUCCCAGGCCCAGGCCAUCAAGAGGAACCUGCGGUCGCGAGCCAAAGGAGCGUACGUCUGUUCGUACUGCGGAAAAGCCUAUCGCUUCCUCUCGCAGUUCAAGCAGCACAUAAAAAUGCACCCGGGAGAGAAGCCCGUUGGCGUCAGUAGGGCCACCAAGCCCAGAGAGCACGUCUCUCUUGAGAGGCCGGUAGAGAACAAGGAGGUUUACCAGUGCCGCCUCUGUAAUGCUAAGCUCUCUUCUCUUCUAGAGCAAGGAAACCACGAGCGGUUGUGCAGGAACGCCACCGUUUGCCCCUACUGCAGCCUUAGGUUUUUCUCGCCCGAGCUGAAGCAGGAGCACGAGGGGAGGUGUGAGUACAAGAAGCUGACGUGCCUCGAGUGCAUGCGCACCUUCAAGUCCUCCUUCAGCAUCUGGCGGCACCAGGUCGAGGUCCAUAACCAGAACACCAUGGCGCCGGCCGAGAACUUCUCCUUGCCUGUCCUGGAGCACAACGGGGAUGCGACGGCCGCCGCCAGGCCCCCGGCGCAGCCCGAGCCCCACAGGGCCAACCACGCGGUCACUGCCAAAGACGACAACACCUUCAGCGACUGCUCAGAGCAGGUGAACUUCGACUCGGAGGACUCCUCCUGUCUGCCCGAAGACCUCAGCGUCUCCAGGCAGCUCAAGAUCCACGUCAAGGAGGAGCCCGCCGAGGAGGCCGAGGAGGAGGCGCCCGAGGCCCGCGCCGCCCCCAAGGACGCCGGCUCCAGCAAGGACGCCGGCCUGUGGCCCUGCGAGAAGUGCGGCAAGACGUUCGCGGCGCACAAGCAGCUGGAGCGGCACCAGGAGCUGCUGUGCUCCGUGAAGCCCUUCAUCUGCCACGUGUGCAACAAAGCCUUCCGCACCAACUUCCGGCUCUGGAGCCACUUCCAGUCGCACAUGUCUCAGGCCACGGAGGACGCGGCGCAUAAGGACUCGGAGGCCUGCCCCGUGCCCACAAACUCUCCGUCCCCGCCCCCGCUGCCCCCGCCGCCGCCGCUGCCCAAGAUCCAGCCCCUGGAGCCCGACAGCCCCACGGCUGUGGCCGAAAACCCCGCGCCCGCCGCAGAGAAGCUGUUCGUGCCCCAGGAGUGCGACACGCUCUUCUACCACGCGCCCCCCCUUUCUGCGAUCACCUUUAAGAGGCAGUUCAUGUGUAAGCUGUGCCACAGGACGUUCAAGACGGCUUUCAGCCUCUGGAGUCACGAGCAAAGCCACAACUGAAAGGCCGGCCCUCACCUGCCGCGGAAGGGGCGGUGGUCUCCAGAGUGCAACCUUAAUUGGGAAACGUGCAUCAGAAGCGAGAUAUUUUUCAAAAGAGAAUAAUAAAGCUUGGAAAUUGUUAUGCUUGAAUAGAAGUGGGGAGGGAAAUUGGUACUAAUUAGUGAUGAUGUCCUCACUCAGCCUAGGAAGACUAAAGUCUGUCGUGCGUCGGACCUUUCCGUCCAGGGAUGAUUGGACUUCAUUCCUGUUGCAGUUUGACUGAUCUCACUUGUCUGCAUGGUUCCUCAUUCCACGGUGUCAGUGUAAUCUUCUCCCGGAGGUGGUCUUGGUUUUUACUGAUUCUCAGUCAGUGAAAUGCGGUUCAAGUAUUUCUUUCGAUGCUGUCAGACGCCUAAGUUCUAGUUCAAUCGCGGCCACGUUCCGACGGCCACGGCGGGUCAGGAGCAAGUGAGUAUAGUUGGCGGCCUCGAGUUAGAUCUUAGGGUACUUUAGCAAUAAAACAAUGAUAAGCCUCAACUUUAUUAAUAAGUUAUCCUGACACUUGAUAACAAUAAAUAUUUGGUAUUUUGUGGUCCUGUAAAAAAAUUUUUUUGUAUGAAAACGGUGAGAAAUUUAAAUCAGCAAUAGUAAUAUUUAGAUUUUUAUAAAGUAACAAAAGCUUGCUCUUGGGUCAUUUACGAUAACUCAUGAUGGAAGAUUUGGGAAAUGAAAACGUGAGGGUUUCUGGAAGGCCUUCAAGCCCGUUUACAAAAGCUUCCGUGGCGACAGGCGUGGUCAUCGCAACCACUGUGCCAUGGGCGUGGGCCUCCGGUCUCAGCUCUGACCGGUGCUGGAAGGGCUGGGCGGGUUCGGUCUCCUCUGGUUCAUGCUGUCACCAGUGGGGACAUCUGAGUGCGUCAGGAACAGACAACAAAGGUAGCGUGAGGCACGCACUCCUUUUGAGUUGAACUGUGUUAGGGAACAGUGAAGGUUGGGACAUACGCUUAGGUACCUCGGUCCCACGCCCCCAGUCAGGACAUCUGCUUGAGUCCCAAGUCAGCACGGAAUCCCCAAGAUGGGCCCCGGGGGAAAACCACGCAGGGUCUCCACGCACUCUCAAGACCAGUGUUCAUAGUGUUCCAUUUCCUGCCUCCGUUCUGUUAGUAUUUGUUGGAGUUCGUUGUGGUGAGAUGUCCUUAGCGCGGCCAUCCUGCUCCGAGUCCCUGCUUCAGCGUUUCGUAAAUCUGUGUCAAAGCACUAUCGAGGGUCCAAAAUGAGUUUUGCUACCUGCUUCGGCCCAGAGGGUGUGGGCUGCCUUUUUUUUUUCUAGUUUGUAUAAGUUGUAAUUAAAGGUGCUUGUAGGCGUUACCCAGAUCUCAGCGGGUAUUUCUAAAGGGAAGACUCUGUUUCACUCGUACAGACGAGGGGUUAGGUAUGAACAAGGGGAGAUACUGUUGAAACCGCAGAAUCUUUCCAAGGCAGUUCUACGGAUGAAGGCUCCCAAGUUUAUUAAGUUCUUUUUUUUUUUUUACAAGCUAUUCUCUCAAAAAAAAAAAAAAAUUUACUGUGACUAAGAAAUAAUUUGCUGAGUACUUCAGUGUGUACCGCUGUAGCAGAAAAGAGCUCCGUACUCGCCUGUCCUGUCACCCACAUCCCACACCAGCGGUAGGAAAGACAUUCUCAACUUCUGAUCGAAAUGCAAGCAUUUUCAUAAAAUGCCGACUGGCUUUGCAGAUCAGAGAACUCGCAUGUGAAAUUUUGCCUUUUGUUGUUUUCAUGUGAAAACUAUCACAAGUCACAAAAUAUCUGAGUGGCCCCUUCCUAAUUUUGUUCUUACCUAAAUUUGCUGGAGAAAGGAAAAGAAAACGAAGCUGCAGUAACCACUUACUGCCCUCUUUAUAUUUUCUUGAAGAAAUCUAUGCAUUUUAAAGAUGAAACUAAAGCGUGUGAUGUUUCGAGAAACAUCUGGGUGGGUUAUUGUUCAUUGACUUAAUUCCCUGCAUAAUGUGCUGUUUUCUUACUCUGAACACCUUGGCAGCCGUCACUUCUUCGAAAAGACAGUCUCCCUCAGAGUAGUCCUUGCUUCUGGCCGUCAGACCGUGUGCGAUAAUUCCACGGCACACGUGAUCUUGGCAUUGUAAAUCCAGUAUCCCAGGACUUGAACCUUUAUGCUACGUUUUUGAAGAUUUUUUAAUAAUGUUAAUCAGUAAAAAAAAAUAUUUUUGAUCUAAACACAGGCUCAGCUUAUCUGUUAGAUUUUGAAAAUCGCCAGUGUUUUGUCUCGUUCAUUUUCACGUUUUUGUCUAGGCAAGGAGCGUUAAGAUUUCAAAUAAAAUUUUGAGCCAAAAACAUUUAUAAUGCAGUUCUGGCUUUUCUAUUACUUUUUAUACUCUACCUUCAAAGCGUCAGGCUAAAAGAGUUUAUUUUGGUGGUCAAUAAAGAAAAUAGGCUUCCGCUCAUGUAACUAUUUUAAAUGUUCGGAAGUAAAAUAAUGAAAGACACACAUCGCUCCGUUUAAGAAUGUCGAUCUCACACAGCGGGCAGACCCUCGGUCUGUGAGACAGGUUGGUCUUUCAUUGUUAGGACUCCGGCUUGUAAAGGUAUUCUCGAAAACGUUUUUUUCUGAUUAGAAUUAAUUUUUGAAAAUGUAGAAAUCUCAUUAUUCCUUGUAAGUAUUCAGGCUGCCUUUUUUUAUGCAGUUGUGGAAAAGAAUGUAAGAUGUUUUAAUAUAUUCUUUGUUAAUCUGAGAACUCGAUAUUGAAUCAUUUUCUUCGUGUGGGAGAGGGGAAGAGGAAAAACCUAAAACACCUUUUUAUCUAAGUCAGCAACGGAGGUUACAAAUAGUGUGCAUUUUUUAUAGUAAUAUUUCAACUUAACAGAAUAUUCACCUUUAAAACUAGUUAUGGCUAGGGUGCAUUUAUUGUUUUAUCAAAAUCUCUAAGAAUUGAACCAUGAUGUCACUUUUGCAUCUGUGGGGGACAGGUGUGUGGUUCUCGGUUUUCUGUUCUGGAGCGGAUCCCUAACAGCCUUUUAAAAAACAUGCUCCAGUUCCUGUCAAUCAGUGCUGGUCUUAGCCACUCACGCACCCGCUGGUGCUGACGAGGGGAGAAGCUGUACGACCAGAAUAAAAUGUGCCCUUCUCUGGAGGCAGGGGGUAUCUUCCUCUGCAGGCCAGUGGCCCGUCCCGGGGAGGGAGACAGGAGAAUCCACUGUGUGUGUGUGUGUGUGUGUGUGUGUACAACCAGAAUCCAGAACCAUAGGAAUUAAAGGCAUUUGAAUUUUCUCACCACAGAAACAAUUAAAUGUCAUGCAUAGCAGGUUUCUUGAUAAAUUGCACUAAUUCAUAUUGGGAUAUUACAAGUCCGCUUUGUCGAUUUCUGAUUUCUCAUUGAUGUUUUUUGUAGUAAUUGUGAAAAGUUAUUUAAAUAAUGCUAGUACAUUUAAUAAGUUCUUUAACACUGGCUUUUUUUUUUUUUUUUUAAGUUUAAAAAAAAAAAUAGGGUUUUCUUUUGUGGCUUUAGCACUUUAAGAAGUUUUAUGUUCCCAUCAUGGUUAACGUGCUUGUUCAGCGCUUCUCCACGUUCACUUCUGCGUGGCGGGGGACACUGGCCGGUCGCAUUUACGUCCCGGAGGCGGGGGCGUGGGGCAGUGUCCGGGUUUUCAGGAAUUCCAGAGACCGGUGUUUGGGAACCAAAGUAUUUUACUGUAAAUCUUGAAAAUAAUUGAACUGAGUGCUCUCUAGUCAUUUAUUAGUGCUGUUGUCAGAUUUUCCACAAAGUUACACUUGGUUAAUGUUGAUUUUCAACUGGGGAUAAUUUCUUACUGACAUUAAUCCAAUACCUUAAAACUUUUCAUUGAGUAGCGCUUACUAUUAAACAAAUGUGGUUAUAAACAGAUUGUGUAUAUUUUGUCAGAUGCCUUAGCAGACUAAAUCAUUGUUUGGUUUUAUUUAGGAAUGAGCUUUUGGGAACUGAAAACUCCUGGUCCGAUAGGAUUUCUAUCUAACGUUAAACCAUGGCUUAUUUGUAUCCAAUUCUGUUGUCCGUUUCCUUUGCUUACAUCUUGACUACGAAUGAUUGGAGUCAAUAAAUUUGUACUGUAUUUUGUUUGGA